AUUCAAAAGGGUGAAUGAAUAAAAUUAAUGCCUAACAUCGAUGAAAGUGAUGAAAGCGGAUGUUUGCCGGCGUCCUUUGUCAGCAAGCUCACACAACCGUCCCAUCGUCCUUUGUUGUCGGCAUUAACCACCUGUUUACAGUCUCUCCCUCGAAUAAGCUUCCGUGUUUGAGGACAAGUGGGCCAAUGGAAUUUUCGCAGCUUUGUGAUGACAGAGGGCGACACUUGACGCUCACUGAGUAAAAGUGCUCUGUGCGAUCGGCGAUGUCCCAGAGAAUCUAGAGCUGCAUCCUUCCUUGAGUUUGUCAAACGGUUCAGUGCUCUGGUUGUGGCUUCAAAGCAGUCAGGGAGUCACCGACUUAAAUACUUUUGUGUAUGUGUAUGUUCUCACUUUGAAGUCACCUGUUUGUUGUCUUAAAGGGAUUUAGACGCUACAGAAAUUACUAGCUAUUAUCAGUGAUGGAUAAUAGAUCAUUCACCACCACCGAAUCAAGAAUGUUUAUAGAAAACACAACAAACAACUACAGCGGCAUUUCAGAAGAAGAGUACGUGCAAGCGGUCUUCGACAAGAUGGCACUGAACCUCCUGCCCACCGUGCUGGUUCUGGUCGUCAUCAUCGUUGGCGGUCUCCUCGGCAACAGCCUUGUCUUUGUCGUGUACUUGCGACAGUUCCGUCCUAGCAGCACCCGCGUCUUCGUGCUGGCCAUGAGCGCCUACGACCUGCUGACCAACGUCGUCACCUUGCCCAUGAUGGUGGUCAUCGUGCACCGUGCCUUCGUCAACUACGACCGCUGGUUCUGCAGCACGGCGCUGGCCUGCAUCAGCUUCUUCUCGGUGUGCACCGGGUGGAUCCUGUGCUUCGUGGCUCUGGACCGUCAGAGGCGGGUGUGCCAGCCGCAGAAGCAGCAGUUCAGCCCUCGCCAGGCCUGGCUCUUUGUUCUUCUCGCCACCGGCCUCUCGGCGCUCGUCACCUUUCCCUUCUUCCACCUCAAAGGUGUGCAGCGCGUGCGAGCCCCGGAUGCUGACGUCACGGUCAGUACCUGCGCUGUAGAGGACGCCUACCUUGGCACCCCUUUCUACACCGUCUACAAACUCUCCGUAGCUCUGACCUUCGUGGCAGCCGUGGCCAUGCUUGUAGUCUGCUACGUUUUGAUCGGGCGUCACGUGUGGCUGCAUACGCGUAAGCAGAGGGCGCUGCGGAAGAAGGGUGGAGUGCGGAUGGAGACGGAAAACAGCAGCGGAGGUGAGGGCGAGGUAGGGGGCGUCAGCAGCACCAGCAGCAAGCAGGACACGCACAGCACCGGCGUCAGCUCAGACACGGACUCUCCCUGCGGCAAGACACCGCAGUUGAAUACGCAAACCGCAGAGAAAGGCGCGCAGGGGCUGCAACCUAAAAUCGAGACGAGCUGCAAAUCGUCAGGGGAAGGUAACUCUCAGGUAUUGGGAAUCGCGGAGGACGUGGCCGGUUCGGAGACUGACCGGUCCUCCCACUCCGAUUCUGAAGUGAACUCUGCUCCCUCCUCCUACACCGACACGACCAAGUGCGUGUCAUCGAAGCCACCCAUCCAAUCAAAGGGUCUCCGCCCAGGGUCCCUGAGGAAAGUUGCUUUUCAAAGGAACAGACCACCAUCGAAGCGUUCAGCGAAAAGAAGGAUCCACCGCUCGAGGACCACCUUGACGAUGGGUGUGCUGACAGCCGCCGUCAUCAUCAACUACCUGCCUCACCUGGUUGUCAGAUACGUGCACGAGAAGCCAGGCUUCUUCCUGAACCCAGGUUUGACAGUGUUGUCGCUGAACCUCUACAUGCUGGCCAUGUGUUCCAUAUACCUCAACAGCGCCAUCAACCCCAUCACCUACAGCUUCUGCAACGCCAGAUUCCGCCUGGAGUGCCGGCAGCUGAAAAACAGACUGAAGAAACGACUAUUCGGCUAAUGGGCCUCGACUGUAGACUUUCUACACAUCUAAAUGUAUUCAUUCUCUGAGAGAGUGAGAGAGAGAUUUAGCUCAGUGCUACAUAUGUGUGUGUGUUGAAAUUUUUCAGAUUUUGGCAGACGCAGAACUGAAAUCUCCUGCUUGUUGAGUAUUUUUACAGCCCUUCGGUGACUAGAAUGAGACUGGCUUCCAUAUCUGAUUUUCUCGUGAGAUUCCACAGCCACGUCAUGACCAAUCAUAUCGCGACUUGUGAGAAUCCGCGGGAAAAGGUUUGCCAGGUAGAGUUACUCGGCCUGUUCUGAGACAAGCACAGUGUUUAAUACUUUCAUUGAUUUCAGAGAAACACGGUGAAAAUAAGCGCUUGGAAUUUGUGCCACACCAAUUCUGGAUACCCUGAAAGACUUGAAAACAGACAAGUAAAGUUCAUACCAUUUUACAAGACCUUAUCGUGACAAGGAGAAAUAUUUCAGAUGGAGAAAAAUUGGGCAGCGUCUGGUCAAUAACUACACCUUUUAUGUUUGUACCAAAGUAAUUCAAAUAAUUUACCACCAGUAUGUAAAAAAUGUAGUUAAAAAAUGUCAAGACAAAAAAAUGAGCAGUACUUGACAUGUGGUGAAGGACAAAUAUUGCCUUGAAUGUAAAUAUUUUCAGCUGUACAGCCUCCAAAAUGUUUGACAUCGUGAACAUAACGUUCCUAAAAGUAAAAAACUGUGUUCCCUUUGUCAGAGUAGUAAUGAGAGGUUAAGGAUUUGACAACUAAAGCUGUGUUUAACCUUACUUCUACUUGUCUAAAACCAGCUGGUUUUCUGAUAGAAGUUUGUCAGUGGGUGUCUCAAGACGGCUUAGAUUACUUUGAGAAUCAUUUUGAAUUGGUGGUUAAUUAGGAUAAUUGGUCUUCAACACUGGCACUGUCUAGGGUUUCCCUUCUUAAGAAGAUUAUGAUUUUCUCCACUCUUUAGGUCACUUGAUGUGUUUCCCAGAUUAGAAUAGCUGUUCCGUCCCCGUCGUGUUGAGCAGCUCAGUUGGGAUGAUGUUGUCAACGCCAAGUAACUUCCCUUCCUUCAGACUGUGUAAACUUUUUCCACUUCUGCUCGUAGGAUUGACUGGAUUACAGACUCACUGAUUCUCGUCUGUCUUUGAGAACAUUGGCUUCUCUAACUGUAGGUUAUACGGUGAUUUAUAGUGGAAAUGAAGAGUUGCUAAAACCACAAUAACUUAAGACUGCUAAGUCUUUCUACUCGGUUCCGGUGAUCUUGGAUAUCAAGUUUUCUGUAGACUGUGCUGUAAAAAUGUAUUUCACCAUGGAUAGUACUGACGACUACAUCAGGCUUGUUCAUCCUAAAGUCAAAGGUCAUUUCCUUCGUCUUUGAGGCAUUCAAAUCAAAGAAAUGUUUGUCACACCAGUAUUAAGAGACAUGAAGAACGUCACUAUGAACAUGUUCAUUAUCAUACAAGAGUGACAAAAAUGCAGUGUCAUAAGCACAUUUUAUAAAAGCUUCUAUCUACAGUGCUUCUGCAACUAUUAGUAUUAGUAUAUAGUAUAUAACUAUGAAGUGAAAUAUUUUGUUUUUAGUAGCUCAUGUAUUUUCAUUUUGAUCUUAUGUCAUGGACUGGACAAUUCAUGACAUUCAUAACCCUUACAUUAAAGUUUUUUAAAAUUUAAUUUUCUGUCUUCUGUGUUCUCCUCCUCCCUCCUUUGUUAACUCUCAAACCCGACUCCAUUCUAACAUAUCCACCUUUCUUUCCUUUUUAAUUUAUUUAUUUUCCAUGUAAGCAGAAGGGGUUUGAUCAAAGUAAAAGAUGUUUUGAAAGUCAUGUGAAAAUAGCAACUCUUGUCAAAAUAAGUUACUUUAAAAAAUCAAAUAAAGGAUAUUCAACGAGAACAGUUGUUUUAAAAUUA